AUGUCCUUCUUGGUCGGAUAUGUCAUCAGCUUGUACAAAGGCUCACAAGAAGCCAGUUCCCGGCACACAAACAUUGAAGAUAGGAACGAGGCUGGCGCUGCGUACGAGCUGAUGCAUGAUACCAGGCACGAGCCGGGACGGACUGCUGCGAAUGUCUCUGGUGUCAACACUUCACCAGUCGACAACGAUGACAUUUGUGACGCGCAAACGACGACUCGAUAUACAACACCCCAUACUGAUGGAGUGAAAGAAGGCAUCGAAGUGCGUUCCCCGGAGAGCGUGAAGCGACGGAAACACAAGUAUAGAGUAUUGUUCGGCCUCGCCUUGCCUUUUGCGCUCCAAUCUCUCGACACCACUAUCAUUGCAUCCGCUCUGCCCUUCAUCGCACAAGAUUUCGAGCAAAUUAAGCAACUGAACUGGAUCAUUUCCGUCUUCAACAUGACGUCGGCCGCGUUCCUCCCCUUCUGGGCCCAAAUUGCUGACGUCUUUGGUCGCCAUGUCACGAUACACUCGACUAUAUUGAUCAUGGCCAUCGGCAGCGCCAUCUGUACCGGCGCCCCCACUUCACAAUUUGGUGUCCUGCUCUUCGGAAGAGCUCUACAGGGUGUUGGCGCAGCCGGCGUCAAUGUCACCGGACAUGUGAUCAUGGCGGACCGUGUUUCACUCGAAGACUUCGCGUGGAAUUGGACUCUCUCUGCCGUCGUCUCUGCCGGAUUCUUUGGCAUUGGCCCCGUAGUCGGCGGCCAUCUGACGCAAGUCAACUGGCGGUGGUGCUUCGCUAUCAACCUGCCAAUUGCAGUUGUUGGAAUCGUACUAAUAGUCGUCGUCCUUGGGAAAGACCUAGUCGGUCCGCAGCCCAUCCCAGGAGUCACACAGGUACAAAUGUCAACGCGGGCCCGACGGCUCCGGGUUCGGUUCUCGACCGUUGACUUUGGGGGCCAGCUCCUGUUCCUGAGCGGUCUCACCUUGCUCAUUCUCGCGUUUACCUGGGCCGGAGGUGCUUACCCCUGGGACUCAGUCCAGGUGCUGGUUCCUCUCAUCAUUGGCGCUGGCCUGACGGCGACAUGGCUUGCGUACGAGUAUCUGAUAUCUCCGCCUCACUUGAUGUCUCGCCUUCUUCCGCUCCAGAAGGCGAUGAUACCAUGGGAGUUACUCCAGCAGAAGAAUGUCAGGCUAAUAUUCUUCAUCAAUUUUACCAUGGGAAUGGCAAUGUUUUCAGUCAUGUACUUUAUGGAUCUGUACUUUGCUCUCCUCGGCUCCACUCCGAGCGAGGCGGGCAAGUAUCUGCUCUACUAUCUGCCUGGAUUAGCCGUGGGGGCAUAUAUGGCCCAGUAUGCCACCAACACAUGGCCCCGGGAGACACUUCCACCGCUGUUCCUCGGCUCAAUCACCUCAGCCGUCGGCAUCACCGUGCUGGCUUGGGCCACUCACGUAGGAGAAACGAGCACGAUCCUGGGCAUGAUGGCGUUGACGGGGCACGGCGUCGGAAUGCGGAUGAGCCCAAGCGCCUUGCACGGGCUCGCCUUCUUCCCCAAUAUGACGGCCCAGAUCACCUGCCUUGUCUCGCUCGCCGUGCCCCUGGGGGGCACAGUGGCGCUGACAAUGAUGUCGACGGUGUUCAACAACAAGAGCGGCCCCAAUAACCAGCACGCCAAGGAGGGUAUCAUGUACGCCUUCGUCUCUCUGAUCCCCUUCAUGUGGCUGUGUGUCGUGUGCACGACGUUCUUGGGCAAUGCUUGGAUUCUUGGUGACGGUGGGCACGAAGUUGCAUACGGCAAUUAUUUCUGGAGCUGGGCUGUCGGCGCUGCGCUGCCUCGGGAAAGGCGGGAUCGCGGCAGCCAUUACACCACAGAGGAGGAGGAUGCGGGCGGUAGUCCGCGUCCGCGUCCGCGUCCUGGCGCUUUGAUCUUGUUCCGAGUGAUUCAAGGCUUUACAGGGCUGGCACGAGACUACGUAACAUCCUACCCCUCCCUCUACAUUAAUGUGAAGGCAAACAUCGACAGGCCCACCACCGUCCAUCCCAUUGCGUUCAUACGCACCGAAGGAAAAGCGCCAGACAAUGGAAAAUCUACUCUCCACUCGACCAUAGGGUUGAAAUCGCCAGCACAACUUACGGAGCCGGUGACCCUUGGCAUUCGGGUCGCGUCAUUGCUCUUCCGCAUGGCCGCCUCCACAAAAUCCACGACGUCAAGGCUGCCGAUCCUGUAUCCAAUAUCAGUUAGCGGGGUGGGAAUGGGUUAA